UCAAACUUUGCGCAGGAUAAGUUCUUGACACAAACCGGCGCACUUUAACGUGACAUAAUGGCCGAAGCUUUGGCAAGCCUCCAGAUUGCCAAUCCGGUGGAUCUCUUCUGCUCCCGGUUUCAAAGAAAUCCAUGGCCUCCUCUCGCUAUAUUAUGGAUACCCACCUUGAAAAGUUCUCAUCAUCAUCGCUCACUUUCCAAGAAAAACCACUCUCUUCUCGAGGAAGAUUUCCAUGGGAAGGAAAAGGCUGUUCGACCUCGAGAAGCAUUUCGCCUCCUAUGGAGCGUACCACAGCAACCCGGUCAACAUCCUGCUCCACACCGUGUUCGUUUGGCCCAUCUUCUUCACUUCCCUCGUCCUCUUCUACUUCACUCCCUCCAUCUGUGAGCUCUUCGGCCUUCAGCCCCAGUGUUACCUGGCGAGGCACGGCCUGUUCUUGAAUUUGGGCUUCUUCUUCGCUCUCCUGUACGCUGUGUUCUACGUGUGCAUGGACAGAAAGGCGGGUUCUUUGGCUGCUCUGCUGUGUAUGGCGUGCUGGGUUGGGGCCAGUUUGCUCGCUAGGCAUCUGGAUUUCUCCCUGGCUUGGAAGGUUGUUCUUGCAGCUCAAUUAUUAUGCUGGACAGGGCAUUUCCUCGGACAUGGCUUAUUUGAGAAACGAGCGCCAGCUCUCUUGGACAAUCUUGUACAAACCUUUCUCAUGGCUCCUUUCUUUGUUUUGUUUGAGGCAAGCAAUCCUGCUCAGUUUUGAGCUUUUUUUGUUUUCUUUGGAGAAUGGCUUGAGGAGUUAUUAUUUAAUUAAUGUAUGCAGGUUCUGAAAACUGUCUUUGGAUAUGAGCCAUACCCAGGGUUUCAUGCUAGUAUAAAAAGAAAAUUGAUGCUCAAAUUGCGGAUUGGAAGGAAAAGAAACAGAAGAUGGAGCCAUACCCUUAGCAAUAUCAAUUUUGUGAAUUGAUUUCAAUUUAAAAAGCAUUGCGUGAGAUUUUCGUUUCAUCUCAAGAUUCUCCUUUUGAAGAUGACCCUUCAAGUAUUCCAUUUGUUCAAUUUUUUUUUCCUUGCUAAAUUUGGCAGGAAAAUGAAAGAAACCAAACCAGCAUUCCUUUUCAUGGUGGAACAUGGGGCCUCUCUGCCCUCGUGUGGGCAAAAUCAAGGCAAUUUAUUGUCCUAAUUUGGCGGUCGGCAAUGACAAGCUCUAGUUCAAACAGUUGACAAUGGUCAAUGUCAACAAACUUAGUUCUAAUGGCUGAUGAAGGCAUCGACGACAUUUUUGUGGAUAAAGUCACAGGAGGGUAGACUUGCUGAUGAAUGAGCACUCCCCUAGGCACACAAAAGAUUUAAUAUGGUCCAUUGCUAUGGAAUGUUGUUGUUUCUUUGCUUUCUUUUCUGUCUUUAAGGAUAAGUGCACCGGAAGUCCUAAAAUUACAAAAAGUGCAAUUGAAUCUCACAAUUCAUUAAGUUGGUGCAAUCAAGUCCCUCCAUUAGCUUCGUCCAAUUUGGUAGAUUAAAAAUGCCGACAUGAUUUUUUUUUAUUCAUUUCUCUCCUACAUGGCAUAGAGCUUAAAGAAAGAAGUCCACACCGCCCUAAUUGAAAUAUAAUUUUCUUCUUAAGUUGUCUUCACUUCUGCAUACUGUUCGUAGAUUCCUCCUGCUCUUUGUCCAAGUGUCCUUGGCCAUGGAGUCCGCUUCUUCUUCAUUGAGUCCUCCUGUUCUUCGUCUAAGUGUCCUUAUUUGGUGCAGCUUCGAGUAAGAAUGAAACUAGGUCAAUGCAUGGAGCACGAUCUUGGUUUAGAUGUCCUGUUUGUUUGCCUCCUGUAUUUUUACCAUUCUGACAUUGGUAAAUUGAGCUGGAAUAUUUCUUAGUUUUCAUGCCUAUGAGCAGUCCUUUCGUUAGCAUUUGAAUCCAAUGAUGCUACCUUAUCGUCUAUUUGAACUAUAUCCUGCAAUUUUGCUUUUGCUUGAUGGUGUUGCCCUAUUACUAUUGUAAAUCAUUUCUUUCAUCGGCAUUUCUCCAGAAAAAUGUCUAACAGAUCCAUCGGGUGUCUUUAGAAGGUUGACAACGACUGUUGAUCAUGCUUCUGCCUGCUAUCAUGUUUGUCAUGCGCGGACUUUACUAUUUUUGCAGGUUUAGCAGAUUGCAAUUUGGAAGCAGCACAGGGAGCUUGUCCUGGUGCCCCACCCAGUCACCUUGGGUUGCCUUUGGAAGUUCACCGUUGUAAAUCCAGUAUUUUGUAUCUCGAUUCUUGAUUGACCACGGUUGUAAAGCGAUGCUGCUGGGUGCAUCAUAUGGUCCCUAGAGUGUACACAGCUGCUGCAUUAUGUACAUGCGGAUAAGUUCUGUAAGUUCAAAAAUUUUGAGAUGCAACAAUCCGUGCUUGGAUAUCGUUUUGGACAGCUAUUCUAUUGCCGAGUGGGAAAUGAUCUUUUCUAAAGUUCAAUGACUUGAGAUAUUUUCUUUGGCAACAGUUACUUGAGUAUUGA